AUGGCACACUCUGUCGGCCUCGUCGUCCUCCUCCUCGCCGUCGUGGCGCUCGCCGCCCAGCCUCCGGCUCCGGCGGCCUCCGCGAAGUCCGGUUCAGCGGCAGCACCUUCGAAGGCCUCCGCAAAGGCUCCUGCUUCGGUCAACGAAAAGACAGCGAAAGCGCCCACGGCGGCGAACGCAACGUCCGUGGCUACUCCGAAGGCUGAACCGGCCAAGACAGCGACGCCCGCCCGUGCGCCCGCGAAGGGGUCCGGCGCCGAGUCGCCGAGCAAAGGCGCCACGUCGGCGAAGGCCCCGGCCAGUUCAUCCAAGGAUUCCGCGUCGAGCCCGUCCGAAGCCGAAGCCGCCGAGACUCCGGACGGCGGCGACGCCGACCCCGAGGAUGAUUCAUCCGCCGCGACGCCGUCCUCGUCGUCGUCGGACGAUGACUCCGACACAGACGACGACAGCCCGCCAGGGCCCGCCAGCUCGCCAGACUCAGACUCGCCUGACCCCGCCGCAGACGACGAGAAUGGCAGCGUCGGCGUGAGGAGUGGCGUGGUGGCUUCCGUCGUGGCCGUGGCCACCUCAGCCUCCGUCGUGCUUUUAUUUUAG